GCUUGCACAAUGCCUGGCAAUGUAAGGAUUUACGACACUGCUCGGUAUUGUUUAUUAAACUACUGCUGACGGCUUACUCUUAAUACCUCCGUGGUGAAAUGAACCGGGACUAUACGACAAGGUGAAUCAACUCUACACAGAAGAAGAAUACACCAUAAAUCUUAAUGUUAAACCGUGUAUAAAUACCCCCAGAGCCAUCGUUGGAACUCUUCACCAGAAUCCAUUUUGGGUAUCACCAGCUGAGGGGAUUACAAGGAAAUUAUCACUUAGUGACUGCACCGAAUAAGGCAUCUGACAACGGGACGGACUUUGUGGCAGCUUGGAUAGACAGCUGACAAAGGGGAAUAGACUGUAGUAGCAAUUGAUGCUGAUAUCCUAACUGAAGAUCACAAGCUGGAGAAGGGCAGCCCUCCCUUAUGUGGUUGGGGUCUGUUAUUUCAUGUACAGAUUCAUUACAUCUGCACUUGGGGGACCAAACAGCCAAGGGACUGAUCAUUGUUCAAAAUGCAUUCUUUCUUUUAUUUAACUGGAUUAAGUUGAUGUGGUGAAAUCCAGACAUUUUAUAAGAUGAGCAGAGAUUUAUUUUUAUGUGUGAAAAGGAAAGGUUAGAUGUUUAAAGGCUUUGCAUUUUAUAAUGUAGAGUUUUCUGGAUUCACCUUACAAGAGCAAUUAAUUGCUGUUAUUUACCAUUCCACAUAUGAUCAUUCAUUUCUUGCAUUGUUUUAUGUAAAAAUUCCCAAGCGUAAUACAGCCCCUUUUCACCUCCAUAAAUAUCAAUAUUUGCUUUUCAACCCAAGCAACACUUGAUUUAAUGGACAUGGCAAACCCUUUGUUGGAUUUUUCAUACCCCCAGGCAUCAACUGGAGAUGAUUUUAUUUGCGCAGAGUGUGGUGAAGGAUUUGGUCAGUACCCAAAACUGAUUAAUCAUAUGGCUAGUCAUGGACCCAUUGAUCCUAUUUCUUCAAAUAAUGAAAGCACCAAAAAUGGUUAUGAUACACCCAUUGAAUUUGCGCUCCAUGAAAAUGGAACACUCACAGUAGUUGAUAGAUCUGCAUUAUCCAACUUCUCAUUCUUAUUUGGUAAAUCUACAUCAAAGCCAGUCUGGAGUCAGACAUCUAAUCAGGAUUCCUUGCCUCUAAGCAAAAUAUCAGAAAGAGAGCAUACUCAGUGUAGAUGUGAAAGAUGUGGUCAAGUGUUCAGGACACAGAGAAGUUUACAGCAGCAUCAACGCUACCGUCCCCUUGAGCAAGGGUUCAAGUGUACCCUAUGUUGCAAGAUAUUUUAUGAUCGAGAGAGUCUUCGGGGCCACCUUCAGAACCAUGCCCAUGAACGUUUUUACAGCUGUGGGCAUUGUGGGAAACGGUUCUUGAAACAAGAAACUAUGCUUUUGCACCAAAAAGAAUGGCAUGGGUCUUAUGGAUCAAAGAGUUCAAAUAAAUUGGAAGAGGAUCGUGAAAAUGGUAUGGAUAGGUCUUAUCCUUGCAAGAUUUGUGGCUUACGUUUUUUUUGGCUGUCUGACUUGCAGAGCCAUCUGAUUAAUCAUUCUAAUGUUGUCAAACCAAAUGAAGAUAAUGGGCAGAAAGAAAACAUGAGGGAACAGGAUGAAAGUAGCCAUAAGAAAAAUGUCUCUUACCCGGCGGCGACUGUUGAUCGAUCCUAUCGCUGUGGUUUGUGUGGGGGAUGUUUUGAUUGCUUGUCAGAUUUGAAAAAGCAUCAUCUCUCCGAGCAUCCAGAUGAUGAGUGUGAUGAAGGUUCAUCCAAAUUAACACGUCAUCUUAAGUGGCAGCCUGUUAACUAUUAUGGUAUAAUGCGUCAGAUGGUUUCAAAACACCAAAUGCAACGAUUGGAUACAUUGAGGCCACGAAUGAGAGGUAGACCUAGAGGAGGUGCUAACAGAAGUAAUCACAAUUCUAAGGUAUUCCCUUGCAAACAAUGCCAUCGUGUAUUUGUACACUCUAGUAGCCUAUCUCGUCAUAUGCGUUACCACAAGGGCACCCUUCAUACAUGUCUUUAUUGUGGUAAACACUUUCCGCAAAGAUGUGAUGUCACCAGGCAUGUCGCCAUGUAUCAUAUCUCAGACAUAAAGAUCAAGAAUGAAUGUGAGCUAUUACAGCGUGAAGAUGAAAAUGGUGGUGACGAGUCAUCAAAAAGGCAGGAAAGCAAUGAUAUGGAUGAUCAUGGCAGUCAGGAAAAUGAUCAACAGCCACCAAAACCACAAGAUGAUCAGAUACUAGAUACUCAAGAGAUAUCUUUUCUCAAGCCACGGAUCACUUACAAAUGCAAAGAAUGUGGAAGAGUCUUUGGACUGCUUAGUGUAUAUCAGCGACAUGUGCGUUACCACAGGAGAGACCCUUCCCGAGUAUUGCUAAGCUGUCCUCGUUGUCCAUGUCGCUUCACUUUUCGAUCUGCUCUAGAUCGCCAUUUAGAGAAUCAUGAUAAAGAAGGGUCGGAGAGGAAUGGGAGGAACAUAUCUCCAGAGGCAGAUGACGAUAAGGAGUAUUUAGAAAAUGAAGAUCAAGAUUUAGGUGUUGAAAGUGCAUCAGAAGCUGAUUCAAAGGAGGGUACAUCAGCAGAGGUAUUGUACGAAUGCACUGAAUGUACCCAAACUUUCUCUGACCUGCAAAUAUUCCUCCAGCAUCAAAGUGCUCAUGGGUGAAAAUUUUAGGAUGAUGUUUGGAUGUUACCAAAGGUCUGACUUUCAGGUAGUGAUGCAGUGUUACUAUUGAUGCAUACAUGUUGCUGUAAUUGUAAGAACAAACACUACCAUUUUCUAUACAUCUGAAUGAAUAUUCCAUCUUUUAAUUAUUUUUUGAUUUGAGAUACCACAAGGUUUAGACCCCCUCCUUUAAACUUUAAAAGUCCUUAUAGUGAGAGAUUAAUUUUUAUCAAUAGUGAACUGCUGAUGUUGCAUUGUCUUUUGGAUUUUAAGAGAAUGCUCGAAAAGGUACUUCAAGGUGCCAAGACAUUUUAUUUACCAGGGAUGUCAAAGUCUGGUCUUGGAGGACUGGAGCCCAGCAAAGUUUAGUGAUUGCUCUGCUCAGACACACCUACUCAACAUGACGAUUGAUGUGUUGAAUCAGGCGUUUAAUAUUAGUUAAUGUAGCACUGUGGUGUCAAAUACUGGUCGGAGAGGGCCAGAGACCAGUGUGGAUUUUGUGAUUGACCUGCUUAAAUGCACCUGACUCAAAUCCUCAAUCAGUUGCUAGGUUUAGUAGGUGUGUCUGAGCAGAGGGAGCACUAAACUUUGCUGGACUCCUGUCCUCCAGGACUGGACUUUGCCACCCCUGAUCUACAUAAUCUAUAACAAGCUAAAAGAAAUCAUUGACUCUUAACUUCAGCUUUUUAAGUUAUAUUGCUUAGAAUCUCAGAACAUUUGUUGUAUUAUGUGUCCAGUUCAUGCAUCAGAUUACAGAUAGCAGUUGAGACGAUAUGUAUGCAUAAGGAACAUAUUGCUUGAUUUGAUUUACAUCCCUGGCAAUACUAAACUGAACAAAAAAAAAAAAAAAAGGUUAUUUGAAGGUGUUCAUAUUUGAUGAUCUUCCUUAAUUUAGAAAGUCAUUCACUGUUGUGAUUUUAAUGAUUGGAUGGUACAAGGAUCACACAAAUAAGUGUUGCAAUGGAAACUGGUGCUCAGCUUCAUCAUUUUUGAUGUGUAAAUUGUUUAUACAGAUUGUAAGUUCUCAGUCUAGUCCAUUAAACAUUAAUAAGCCUAUUAA